UACAAUACAUUUCCACACAAUUUUUUCUUGCAAAUAAAUAUUACAUUAAUAUUUCUUCUAAACAAGAUUAAUUAAUCUUGACAAGUAUUAUCUAGCUAGACAAGCAACGGGCAUGGGUAAGGCUGGAUCACGGGUUUGUCGCGGUAUCAGCCUUAUAAUCGUACUAGCCAUAGCCGGUGUAUUAAUAUGGUUUCUUGUCAAACUAUACAACCCAAGGUUCUACCUUGAUCAGUUUUCCGUUUUCUCCCGCCAAGAAACUACGAGCUCCCACAAUAAUAAUUACACGAUUCAAUAUGAUUUAUGGAUCAGAAAUAAUUAUAUUCAUAACGAUGAUUUGGGAAUUUACUACGAUGCCCUCAACGUAACGUUUUAUUACAAACCAGACGUCAACAGCUUCCCUAUUAAGAUUGGUGAUGCUACUUUUAGCCCGUUCUACAUACAUCGGUCUAGGAGUACGCAUCGUGCCGGGAGUUUCGUUACUCGAGGGGUAAAAUUGGAAAAUGAUACCGCGUCUCCGGUGAUUUUUCGGGUGGAAUUGUCAACGGCCGUGAGGUAUAGGAAACCGUUGUUGAAGACCAAACGACACCGUAUGAAGGUAGGGGCUGACUUUGAAGUCAACGAUCAAGGUACCAUGAUCAAUAAGGAAGUUAAACACUUAAACUUAAGUCAAAUGCUAAAAGGAACGGUAAAGUUCGUUUACAGUUGAUGGGUAUUUUGGGGAUCUUUCUUUGUAAUAAUAUUCCGUUGUAAUUUUUUUACUAGCAAUUUCUCCCCUUAUUCAUUUUUUUUGUUUGUUACUCGUAUAAAAAAUGUUAUUGUUUGUUUAUUUUUCAUGCUAAAUUGUACAAAGUAAUUGGUAUGUUUACAAAACAAAU